AUGGAGACGCUCAAGUCGCUGUUCGUCAAGCCCGAUCCGCAGCAACAGCUGCGAAAAUGUAACGCCCUCAUCCGCUCCAACAUUCGCAAACUCGACCGCGACAUCAACCAAGUCAGACAAGUCGAAGCCAAGACCAAGAACCUAAUCCUCCAAGCCGAUAAACGAGCGCAACGAGACCCCACCAGGGCGAGGCAGGCGCAGAAGGAGGCACGCGACUUCGCGCGCGAGCUCAUCCGCGCCCGGAAAACGAGCUCGCGGCUCAUCACCUCCAAGGCACAGCUUAACAGCGUGCAGAUGCAGGUCAACGAGGCCUUCGCCGUUCGCAAGAUCGAGGGCAGCAUCCGCGCGAGCGUCGGCGUCAUGAAGGACGUCAACCGUCUGAUCCGCCUUCCCGAGCUGGCCGGCACGAUGCAGGAGCUGAGCGUGGAGCUGAUGAAGGCCGGCAUCAUCGAGGAGAUGGUCGGUGAGAGCUUGCCCGAUGACAUGGACGCCCUGGAGGACGAGGAGGCCGAGGGCGAGGUUGACAAGGUGCUUGGCGAGAUCCUCAAGGACCGCAUGUCCAAGGAGAAGCUGCCGGCGGCGCCCGUCACGCAGGAACCCAAGCCGGUCGAGGCCGAGGAGGAAGAGGAGGACGCCGAGGCUAUGAUGGACCAGAUGCGCAACAGGCUCGAGGCGCUGAGGAGCUAG